CGUUUCCUGUGAGUCACAUUAACAACAUCUCGUCUGAGUUAAGCUAAGUGUGCUUAUGAGCUAACCUACUCUCAUUCUAUUAGUGCAUUUCUCCCAUAUAGGAAAACAUGUCAGAUACGGAGACAAAACCCUCGAGCCAAGACUGCGGUGAUAAGAAGGAUGGGGAGUACAUCAAGUUGAAGGUGAUCGGGCAGGACAGCAGUGAAAUCCACUUUAAAGUGAAGAUGACAACACAUCUGAAAAAGCUGAAGGAGUCUUACAGCCAGAGACAGGGAGUCCCGGCAAGUACACUCAGGUUUCUGUUUGAAGGACAGAGAAUUGCAGAUAAUCAAACUCCAAAAGAGCUGGGAAUGGAGGAUGAGGACGUCAUUGAGGUAUAUCAAGAACAGACAGGCGGACUUUGGAACGAUUAAACCGCUUGUAUUCGUACUUUGUAUCUUGUUUUUUUAUGAAUUUAUUUUGUUCACUUCCAAACCAUCUGGAUCAAAACUAUCUGGGCUUCCAUGCAGUGGGACAGAAAGGUGAGGAUGAGGACUGGAGUGUGUUGCAGGAGGGCUCAUGAGCUCACCAUCUAUGUCAUGUGAUGACACAACUGGGAUUUGUAUGGGAGUCUCUCUGGUUUCAUCUCUCUCAAGGAAGCCAUGUCCUGUAAUGUCACGUACACAAACAUUCUGCAGCAACGGCAUCAGGAUGUAAACAAGUGACAUACAAUUUUUGAUGUACUUAAUUUUAAGCAUUGCAUUUCCCUUGUACAGAAUUGCAAAGCCCAACUGUUUGCUUUGGGGUGGUGAUGCAAUAAUUUGUAAGAGACCACUGUCUACAUUUGCAAAUGUUUCCCAUGAAUUGAUGUGGUAUUGGGUAUGGAUUGUUUCUUUUUUAAAUAACAAUGUUAACUGUGCUUGUACAUGUUGGUCUCUGUUUUAGAGUGUUUGAGAGAUAAAAACAUGUUUAUCUCCUGUGUGGUCUACUGCUCAUAUUGGAAGUUUUCAUUGUGUAAAUAAAAUGCUUGCUGCAUCUGUUUGGA